AUGGUGGCAUCAGCAUACCUGCCCUACGACUCGAAGGAUCCACCACCUACGGAGGUACUCAAGGCGCUGGUAAGGUACUGCACAAGCAAAGGGCUCGAACUGCUGGUGGGGUGCGACGCAAACUCGCACCACACGGUAUGGGGCAGCUCUAACACAAACAGGAGGGGAGUAACUCUAUUGGAGUACCUCACCCUGGAGCGGCUGGAGGAGCUAGCAAAGGGACUCAGGGGCCCCUGCUGCAAACUAGGAACGAUAGGCAUUGUUAAGGGCGCAGUAGGUACCCUACAGACUGCCAUCAACCAGGCUUACGAAGCAGCGUGCCCAACAAGGCAGCGGAAAUGCAGCAAAAAGGUGACCUGGUGGAAUAAGGAGCUGGGCCAACUAAGGACCAGAUCCCGAAAACUACUUAACAGGGCCCUUAAGACAGGUACAGUGGGCUACGCUGACGAUAUAGCUCUGGUCGUCACAGGCGAUCACCCACAACGUAUGACAAACAGGAUGCAAAAAGCACUCGAUCUCGUAGAAGAUUGGUGCACAUCGCAGUCGCUCAGGAUCAACCCGGGCAAGACCGAGAUGGUACUGUUCACGAGGAAACGACGUUUCGACCUAGGACCGAUCAGGAUUUGCGGAGCGGAACUGACUCGUUCCACGGAGGCUCACGUCCUGAGACAGGCCCAGGAGGCCACAGCUACAUUCUGGGCCUGCAGAAGGAUGAUAGGCCAGACAUGGGGGCUGAGGCCGAGAACGUUGAAGUGGAUUUACACGGCAAUCUUACUUCCACAGAUCACAUUCGCUGCCGUGAUAUGGUGGCCUGCUACAGGCAGAGUCAACAACCGUAAGGCUCUAGAAAGGGUCUACAGACUAGCGACCUUGGGGAUAACGGGUGCCAUGAGAAUCACCCCGACACUCGCCAUGGGGGCUCUCCUUAACUUGACGCCUCCACACAUAGCGGUGGAGACGGAGAUAUGGAGAACGGCCCUUCGACUCAGAUUCUCUGGGUUAUGGCGAGGCUCGGGCAGGGGGCACACGUCUAUACUCCGACUGAUGGAGGAGUUGAUCAAACAAGACAUAUCCUGGAAGAAGGAUAAACUUGCGCUCCUUCGCACAAAAGGGCUCGUCUGGUUCACAGACGGUUCAAAGAAAAGAGGAGGAGCGGUAAUUGAAAUCUGGUCCGGAGGUCCCAGGCUAAGCAUGUCGCUGGCACUAGGGAACACCGCUACAGUAUUUCAGGCAGAGGUGUUUGCUAUACUCUCCUGCGUCAGGAAAAUCCUGACGCUGGGAUACAGGGGCAAGCACAUCUUCAUCUGCAGUGACAGCAGAGCAGCGCUUAGAUUAAUCGACGCAUGCGUGGUGAGAUCUAAGCUCGUGCAGGAAUGCCCAGCUCUGCUGAGGCAACUAGCGCAAUCAAACCGCGUGAAACUGCUUUGGGUGCCGGCACGCAAAAGCAUCAAGGGUAACAUCGAAGCAGACCGACUAGCUGAGAGGGGAGCUUCACGACAUGGCCCAGACAGGGGCUGCCAAAUCGGGGUCCCUACGGAACAUGUCAAAAAACUAGCAAAGAGGAUUGCUAGGGAUAAGUUCGCAGAGCUUUGGGGCGAUGCACCGGGCAUGCUACACACGAGGGGCCUGUUUGGAGGACCCUCGAGCGGGCUCGGUGAGAAGCUGAUCAGACUAACAAUAAGCAGAACCGAACUGAAAAGCGUAACAGGGCUUAUCACGGGCCACUGGUACACAGGCAAACACCUAGUCCACCUUGGACUCAGAGAAGAGGCGAGCUGUCUCAGGUGUGGCGAAGAAGCGGAAACACCACAGCACCUCUCAGUGCGGUGA